AUGAUGGUACCCUCCGAAAGAGCUCUCCAUGAAGCUAUCCAGGUUAGCCCUUUGGAUCUUCCGGACGAUGUCAAGAGACAAAAGAUUGAAAAUUUAUUGGCGCAGAUGCGACUUUCUGCGGCGACAGCCAGAAAAAUCCAAGAUGUUUUCCGGUCCGAAAUGAAUAAAGGGAUCCACCAACAACCCUCUUCUCUGCAAAUGGAAAAUACUUAUAUACCUGAAUUGCCUGAUGGAACAGAGGAAGGAUUAUUCUUGGCUCUCGAUUUGGGAGGAACAAAUUUUCGCGUUCUCCUGCUGGAGUUGGUGAAUGGUGUGGUUGUAAGGGAAGACGUAAAAAAAUAUCAUAUUGAUGCCCAUCUUAGAACCGGCUCGGGUAUGCCAUUAUUUGAAUAUCUCGCUGAAUGUGUCAGCAAUUUUGUUAUCAGCGAGGGUCUUCAAGAUGUAGAGCUUCCUUUAGGGUUUACUUUUUCAUUUCCGAUGAUCCAACAUUCAUUGGAAACCGGAAUUCUAGUAACUUGGACAAAGAGUUUCAAUUGUCCUGAUGUUGUAAACAAAGAUGCAGUACAGUUAUUGAAAGACGCCAUAGCUCGUCGUGGUGAUACAAGAGUCAAUGUACUAGCAGUGCUUAAUGAUACAACUGGAACGCUUCUUCAAGGAGCUACUCAAGAUCCAAACACUGCUAUCGGUCUUAUCCUAGGUACAGGAAGUAAUGCUUGUUAUCUUGAACGAGCUGAUAAAGUCGAGCACUGGGAGCCUGAGCGACAUGGCGAGCGCGAGGUAAUUAUUGAUAUUGAGUGGGGUGCAUUUGGUGACAACGGUGUUUUAGAUUUCAUUAAAACAGAUUUUGACAGAGAAAAUGACGCUAAUUCUUUACUCGUUAAUUCAUUUACAUUUGAAAAAUAUAUCAGUGGUAAAUACCUUGGGGAAUUUGUACGUGUUAUAUUGGCUAAAUUGUCAAAAGAUGGUUUAUUGUUUACGAGACAAGUUCCAGAAAGUUUACUUUUAGUUGGAAGUUUCUUAACAGAUUACAUAUCUCUUAUUGAACAAGACACAGUCAAUGGCAGUAGCGUUCACACGAAAGAAGUUCUUGCUAAAUUUAAUAUAAUACCUGACGAAGAAGAUUUAAAAAUAGUUCAAUAUGUUUGUGAGCUUGCGUCAAAUCGCGCAGCUCUUUUAGUUUCUAUAUGCGUCGCAACGCUCCUUGAUCACAUGGAGAGAGAAGAAGUAACAAUAGCUGUUGAUGGCUCUCUCUAUAAACAUCAUCCACGAUUUGAAAAUUGGAUGAAUCAAUAUAUAACUUUAUUGACACCAGCUCGGAAGUUUAAGCUUAUUCACGCUCAAGAUGGAAGUGGAAAAGGUGCGGCAAUCGUUGCAGCGAUUGCAUUAAGGAUAAAAAAAAGAUUAGAAUGA